UUUCAUUUCCUUUUGUGUCAUGUUUGUCAUUUAAAAAUGGCUAGUGCUAGGAAUCUUUUAGGUAUUUUCAAUAUAAAACAAGUAAUAAUAUUAGCAACUCCUCCGGUAAACAAAGUUUCAUCAAGAUUUCUUUGCCAAUUCACUCACCACAGUAAAUCAGUACUCCUUCGUUGUAAAAUUUCUAAUAGUGCACAUCAAAGUGUCCUAGUACCAAAGCGUAAUUUUCAUUUGAGCUCGCUACUCACUUCCAAAAAAAGCUACUAUGAUAUCUUAGGGGUAGGGCGAAAUGCGUCUAUUUCCGAAAUAAAGAAAGCUUACUAUAAACUUGCUAAAAAAUAUCAUCCUGAUGUGAAUAAAAACGAUCCUGAUUCCUCCAAGAAGUUCCAGGAAGUUUCUGAAGCAUACGAGAUUUUGGGUGAUGACACCAAACGUAAGCAAUAUGAUACUUGGGGUGCAACUGCUGAACAAAUGGGAGGUAUGGGAGGUAUGGGAGGAGCUGGCACUGGACGAGCAUCUGGACCACAAGGUUUUAGCCAGCAGUGGCAGUACCAAUCCACCAUAGAUCCUGAAGAGUUGUUUAGGAAAAUAUUCGGUGAAGCUGGCUUCGGGAAAGGCUCAUCACCUUUCGAUGAUUAUGCUGAAUCCAAUUAUGGUUUUGGAGAGGCACAAGAGAUUUUACUCAGGGUAACAUUUAGCCAAGCAGCUAGAGGUACUAACAAAGAAGUCAACGUAAACGUUGUGGAUACUUGCCCAAAAUGUAAAGGCACCAGAUGUGAGCUUGGAACCCAACCAAAAAAGUGCCAUUACUGUAAUGGGACUGGCAUGGAAAGUAUAACAACUGGACCGUUCGUGAUGCGUUCUACUUGUCGGUACUGUCAAGGCACCAGAAUGUAUAUCCAAAACAAAUGCGUAGAGUGUCAAGGGAAAGGAUCAACAGUACAACGGAAGAAAGUCACUAUACCGGUUCCUGCAGGUAUUGAGGAUGGUCAAACCGUUAGGAUGUCAGUAGGAAAUAAGGAACUUUUCGUAACAUUUAGGGUAGACAAAUCUGAUUACUUCAAAAGGGAUGGGGCCGAUGUUCAUACGGAGGCAGACAUCUCAGUAGCACAAGCACUUCUAGGAGGUACUAUUAGGAUACAAGGGCUCUACGAGGAUCAUACCCUUCAAGUUAUGCCAGGUACGUCUUCGCACACGAGGAUACGUUUAAGUGGUAAAGGAAUGAAAAAGGUCAGCGGUUAUGGUCACGGCGACCAUUAUGUAAUGUUCAAAAUAGUAGUUCCCAAGCACUUGGAUGAUAAACAGAAGGCGUUAGCAAUGGCAUAUGCUGAAUUAGAAAAAGACACUCCAGGUCAAAUUAUGGGUGUUGUGUCGAGAAAUGAUGGCAGCAAAAUGUUCACGACAUCUGAAAAGUUGGAACUGCUGGAGUCAAUUCGUUCAAUUUUAGAAGGUAAGGACAAAAAUGAUUCUCACAAUGAUACUGAUUUGACCAAAAAUAGGAGGAAAAAGGUAGAGAAAAUCGCAGAAUCACAGAAAUCUCGAAAUAACAAGCAAAAUGCUGCCGAGUCGAGCUCGGAGAGUGAUGUGGAAGAAACCAAAGUCAAAAACAAAAACUGAAUAACUUUUUGCGGAGAGAGACACAGAUGCACUUCCAUUCAAGGCUAGUUUUUUAUAUUGUUUAUAAAUAUAUACAUAUGCAAGUUGAUUGUUACCAUAGUGUAUAUUAUUAAAGCUGUAGAGUAAGAGUUUUUCUCUCAAUAUUUUUACGUAAAUUGAUGGAAAUUUCAGCUCAUCAAAGUAGCUUCAAUGCUUAUGAUUUGAUUAGUUCAAAGUGUAAUUUUUGUUAAAUAAAAAAUAUAUUGAAUAG